AUGCGUGCAAGUUCCAUUGAUAUUCAUCCGAAUGCUAAAUGGGCACAGAAUGGUAUCACUGUUGCUGGAGGAAAUGGAGAAGGCAGUGAAACCAAUCAACUCAAUGGUCCAUUCGGUUUGUACGUCGAUGAUGAUCAAACGAUUUAUGUCGCUGAUCCUGGUAAUUAUCGUAUUGUGGAAUGGAAAUAUGGUGCAACGAAUGGAAAAGUAGUUGCUGGUGGAAAUGAAGAAGGGAAUGGAACUCAUCAGUUAAGCAGUCCAGUAGAUGUGAUUAUCGACAAAGAGAGCGAUAGUCUCAUCAUCUCCUAUGUUAGCAAUCAAAGAGUAGUUCGAUGGCCUCGUCGAAAUGGUACUAGUGGAGAAACAAUUAUUUCAAAUAUCGCUUGCGUGGGUUUGACAAUGGACGACAAUCGUUCUCUCUAUGUUGUUGACAAUAGAAAACAGGAAGUGAGACGAUAUAAAAUUGGUGACACUCAAGGAACAGUAGUUGCAGGUGGCAAUGGAAAAGAAAAUCGUCUCGAUCAACUCUCUUAUCCCCAAUACGUAUUUGUCGAUCGAGAUCAUUCAGUUUAUGUGUCUGAUUAUGAAAAUCAUCGUGUAAUGAAAUGGGAAGAAGGUUCAAAACAAGGCAUUGUCGUGGCCGGUGGUCAAGGACAAGGAAAUAGUCUCACACAAUUGCAUUGGCCUGAAGGAAUCGUUGUCGAUCAAUUGGGAACUGUCUAUGUGGCUGAUAACGGUAAUCAUCGAAUCAUGCGUUGGCCAAAAGGAGCCACACAAGGAAAUAUCAUUGUGGGUGGAAACGGUCGAGGAGCACAGUCGAAUCAACUCGCUGGUUCCUUUGGUUUAUCAUUCGAUGGACAUGGCAAUCUUUAUGUCGUCGAUCACUGGAAUAAUCGAGUACAAAAAUUUAAUAUCAUAUGA